AUGGCAGUUCAUGCUUUUGACAGUUCUCACGACGAUUUAAUACACGACGUUUCCUAUGACUUUUAUGGUAAACGUCUUGCAACCUGCUCUUCAGACCAAAAACUUAAAGUAUGGGAAUUUAAUCAAGAUACUAGUGGUUGGGAGCUUGUUGACUCCUGGAAAGCGCACGAAUGCUCGGUUCUAAAAGUUUCUUGGGCGCAUCCCGAGUUUGGUCAAGUAAUUGCAUCCUGUUCUUUUGACCGUUCCGUACGUAUCUGGGAAGAACAAGAACAUGAGCCAAAAAAUAGUGGUAAACGAUGGGUGUUGAGGGCGAAUUUGGUAGAAAGUAUUGGAUCUGUAAAAGAUAUUGAAUUUGCGCCCAAUAAUUGGGGACUGAAAUUAGCAACUGUUGCUGCUGAUGGUGUUCUCAGAAUAUACGAAGCUCUCGAAGUGAAUAAUUUAUCAGAUUGGUCUAUGAUGGAGGAGGUAGAUAUUACUAGCCCUGGAACCGUUAAUAAAGAAGUUGAUGGAAACUAUUGCCUUUCUUGGUGUCCCUGGAAGCCACAAGUAUCACCAAUGAUCGUUGUUGGUUGUGGAAAAGAGAAUUGUGCCAAAAUUUUCAGACCAAAUCCACAUAACAAAUGGAUACCAUUUGAAGUCCUUCAUGGACAUGAAGAUGCUAUUCAUGAUGUUAGUUGGGCGCCUAAUAUGGGAAGGAGUUAUCACCUCAUCGCAACCGCAUCAAAAGAUCACAAAGUUGGAAUUUUUAAAUUAUCAAACAAACCGGAUGGUUAUUCCGUAGAAAAUAUCGCCAUGCUUUCUGAUCACGGUGUUGAGGUUUGGAAAGUCGAAUGGAAUAUAACUGGUACUAUUCUAUCUUCCUCCGGAGAUGAUGGAAAG